CAGAAUUAAAGGUCUGCUGGAAAACAAAGCAAAUCUGCUAGUUCGCCACCGGAAUCGCUGAGCCCGGAAAACGGAGCAGUUACACACCGUGAUGUAAGCGGUGCGUGGCUGCCUCCGGAGCAUACCUGCUCUGCCCUGCUGAGGGCUUGCACGGCGUCCUCCUGCACUACCUUGGCAUCCCCAUCACGUCUGUCUACAGAGCAAACCACGGGAGCUCUGCGUGCAGGUUCCCCUGAAGCCCAUUCACGUGCAGUAGGAGGAGGGGUGCAUCUCCUUUGUUUGCCUGUUGGAUCAGCUUUUUGGAGGCACCUCUAUAAACGCAUAAGGCACUGCUGGUGCAGCCUGGCUAUCUUGAGUGGCAUCACUUGUGUCAGCUUUAGGCGAAAGCUUUCUUAACCAGAUAAGGAAUGGCUGUUCCACUCUAAGGAUGAUAACCUGGUGAAGUUGAAACACAGCGGAGUAUCUUACACGUCGUUACUACUGGCAGGGUAUCUGUGAAAACAGAGAAGCACUGGGGGAUUCCUUGCUCGGUGGUGCAGUGGGCUGGUUUUGUUUCCUUGCGGCUGUUACAGCCGAGGUACAUUAGGAAUGCUGGAAGGAUGCAUUUAUAUGGAAGUAACAAUAGGAGGUUGGAAAGGUGGAUGCAGGACCCCUGUGUGUUCUGCCCUUGCAAUUGCAUCAACCCAUCCAUGUUAUGACCCUAUCAGAGGAUCUGGCAUUUAGCUCUUUAUUGCAUUCAUCUCUGAGAAAAUGGGCAACUUGUUUUGAGGAGGAAGAUUUAUUAGAAAUGAUUGUGCAGGAUUUGAAAUAAAAAAGGGUAUGUAACCAGAUACACAUGACCCGCAAAAAGAAAUCAUAAUUAGAAGCGAAAGAUUAAUAGGGACUGUCUGUAGAAUUUCAUUGUUAAGAGAUCAAUUUCUUAUGCCCUUGACUGCAAGUUAGAUUAAUACACGUAAAAUUACAACAUGAAAAGAGAUGCCAGUGGCUGUCAUAAAUACAGCUUGCUUUUUUUUCCUAGGUAUUUAGGGACUAUUGGGAACGCUUGUGAAAUCAUGUGCAUUAAAGCCCUGAAUAGAGGCAACUAACCAAUAACUGCGGUGGAAGCAACAAGGUUCCCUCACCCUUUGCAAGAAGAGGGGGGAAAUCACAGACGUCAAUCAAGAAAUACUGCAAAAUAAGAUGGACCCUCCCGGCAGGCGCGGCACCGCGCAGACCUGCGGAGGGGCUCUCGCACUCUGCUCGCCGCCGGCCUUGCAGCUCCGCCGCUGACCGGGCAGCGCACGGGGCUCCGCCGCCUGGGUCUUCCCUUCCUUUCCUUCCCUCCCUUCCCUUGCAAAACUGUCAGGCACAAAUGGGCAGGAGGAUAUUGGCUGCAAGGGACGCGGAGGCUCCUCCCAGAGCCUGGAUCCCGAUAUUUUUGGAGGAUUUCUUUUAACUCAGUUACAAACCUUGGUGGAGGAAACAAGUUGCUGCCGUAGCAGAGGCAGAAAGCGCCUCUGCUAGGGAGAGCGCGGCUCCCACUUUCACCUUCCCAGAGCUACCCUGGAUGCUUCGCCUAGCUUGCGGAGACCUGUGCUGCCUGCUGGGGGAACGCUCCUGCUCGGGAUGCUGCUGCUUCUGCAAAAACAAGGGUUGUAAGGGAAUGAGAGGGAAGACAAUGAGGAAAAACCGACCAGGAGAAAACCCCAGCCUCGAGCGUUUUCCCGACAACUGACAGUGUUUUGGGGCCGAGCGAUCUCGCCGGCGGCGGCGGAGGGAGCUGCCUGCCCGCUCCGCCGGGAACUGCCCGGGACCGGCUAUUCCCUUCGGAUGCGGACUGGGAAACCUGUGGGAAAUUCUCCCGCCGCGCUGCGAAGCCACCAUGAAUUCAGUGGCUGGAAAUAAGGAGAGGCUCGCGGUCACGGCGCGGAGCAGAAAAUACGGGGUGACCGACCCCUGCUCCCCCACCAAGUCCGCCGCCCCCUUCUCUCCCGAGAGCUGGUACCGGAAGGCGUACGAGGAGUCCCGGUCUGGGAGUCGCCCGGCGCCGGAGGGAGCCGGCUCUGCCUUGGGCUCCUCCGGCACCCCGUCCCCCGGCUCCGGCACCUCUUCGCCAGGUUCCUUCACCGGCUCGCCAGGACCCGCCUCGCCCGGCAUCGGCACCAGCUCCCCCGGCUCGCUGGGCGGCUCGCCGGGCUUCGGCACCGGCUCGCCGGGUUCCGGCAGUGGUGGCGGCUCCUCUCCGGGCUCGGACCGCGGCGUCUGGUGCGAGCACUGCAACGCCCGCCUGGCGGAGCUGAAGAGGCAGGCGCUGAAGCUUCUCAUCCCCGGGCCCAUCAGCAGCAAGGACCCAGGUUUCUCUUCAGUGAUUCAUGACAAGCUCCAAGUUCCUAACACCAUUCGCAAGGCAUGGAAUGAGAAGGACAACAGAUGUGACGUUUGUGCCACACACCUGAACCAGUUGAAGCAAGAGGCCAUUCAGAUGGUGCUGACCUUAGAGCAAGCUGCCAACUCAGAACAUUAUGAUGCCUCCCCAGGCUCUCCCCCACCUCUCUCCAAUAUCCCAACGUUGGUGAGUCCUCGGCACAUGGGCAGCCUGCAGCCCAGGGACUGGGCAUACAUGCCUGUUCCUUAUGCUACAUCUAAUUAUACGGGCUUUGUUGCCAAUAAACACAGUGGAAAACCCAACAGUCUAGGAAUUGUCAAUGGGGUGGAGAAGAAAAAUGGCUCUCCUGGACACCAAGCCAAGGUCAGCUUUCAAAUGGCCACCAGCCCCAGCAAUGGUAACGUUCUCAACUCCGUGGCUAUCCAGGCUCAUCAGUACCUUGAUGGCACCUGGUCUUUGUCAAGAACAAAUGGCGUCACUCUAUAUCCCUAUCAAAUAUCUCAGCUUAUGACAGAGACUAGUCGAGAAGGCCUGACUGAAGCAGCAUUGAACCGCUACAAUGCAGAUAAACCCUCCUUGUACAGCUUCCCUGCUUCCCAGAGCACAUAUGUUGCCAGUGAAGUAUCCACAGGCACCUCGGUGGCAGCAUCAUUUUUUGCCAGAGCUGCUCAGAAAUUGAACCUGUCUUCCAAAAAGAAGAAGCACAGGCCUUCUGCAUCAUCUGUUCCUGAAUCUCCUCUCUUCUCUACCAGCUUCAGCAGUAUACUUCAGACUUCCCCACCCCCUGCACCACCAUGUUUAUUGAGGGCAGUCAGCAAAGUGAAAGAUAUCCCUGGUUUGGGCAAGGUCAAAGUCAUGGUGCGCAUUUCUUCCACGCUUGCCAGAGAUACGUCUGAGUCCAGCUCUUUCUUAAAAGUUGACCCCCGUAAGAAGCAAAUCACACUGUAUGACCCGUUGGCCUGUGGAGGUCAGAAUGCUUUCCAGAAAAGGGGAAACCAGGUUCCACCCAAGAUGUUUGCUUUUGAUGCAGUUUUCCCCCAAGAUGCAUCACAGGCUGAAGUAUGUGCUGGGACUGUGGCUGAGGUGAUCCAGUCUGUGGUCAAUGGGGCAGACGGCUGCGUGUUCUGCUUUGGCCAUGCCAAGCUUGGGAAGUCAUACACCAUGAUUGGAAAGGAUGAUUCCAUGCAAAACCUUGGCAUAAUCCCUUGUGCCAUCUCCUGGCUCUUCAAGCUGAUUAAUGAACGCAAAGAGAAGACAGGAGCCCGCUUCUCGGUCCGAAUUUCUGCAGUCGAAGUGUGGGGGAAAGAAGAAAAUCUGAGAGACCUGUUGUCAGAAGUGGCUACAGGCAGCCUGCAAGAUGGCCAGUCCCCAGGUGUCUACCUUUGUGAAGACCCCAUUUGUGGCAUGCAGCUUCAGAAUCAGAGUGAGCUCCGUGCCCCUACGGCGGAGAAAGCUGCCUUCUUCCUUGAUGCUGCCAUCGCUUCACGUCGCAGGAGCCAGCGGGACUGUGACGAGGAGGAUCACCGCAACUCUCACAUGCUCUUCACUCUGCACAUCUACCAGUACCGCAUGGAGAAGAGCGGCAAAGGCGGAAUGUCUGGAGGUCGUAGCCGCUUGCACCUUAUUGACCUGGGUAGCUGUGUGAAAGUGCUCAGCAAAAACCGGGAAGGAAGCUCUGGCCUCUGUCUCUCACUGUCAGCACUGGGUAAUGUCAUCCUCGCCCUUGUCAAUGGAAGCAAACACAUCCCGUACAAAGACAGCAAGCUCACCAUGUUACUUCGGGAGUCCUUGGGGAACAUGAACUGCCGCACCACAAUGAUAGCUCACAUCUCAGCUGCUGCGGGGAACUACGCUGAGACACUGUCCACCAUCCAGAUUGCAUCAAGGGUCCUCAGGAUGAAGAAAAAGAAAACUAAGUACACUUCGAGUUCUUCUGGAGGAGAGAGCUCCUGCGAGGAGGGCAGGAUGCGGAGGCCAACCCAGCUGAGGCCUUUCCAUUCUAGAAACACUGUUGACCCAGACUUCCCUAUUUUGCAUUUAUCAAGUGAUCCUGAUUAUUCUUCCAGCAGUGAGCAGUCAUGUGACACGGUGAUUUACGUUGGCCCCAAUGGCACUGCCCUUUCUGAUAAGGAAUUGACGGAUAAUGAAGGUCCCCCUGACUUUGUUCCCAUAGUUCCUGCUCUGCAAAAGACAAAAAAUGAGGGGAGGUUGGAAGAAGUUAGUGAAUCAGGGCCCAGCACAUCUGAAAGAGACUGCCUGAAGUGCAACACCUUUGCAGAGCUCCAGGAGAGGCUGGAUUGCAUAGAUGGCAGUGAAGAGACCGACAAAUUUCCCUUUGAAGAGAUGCCUGCUCAAUUUAGCUCAAACCAGAUGUCUAAGUGCUCUGUCUCAAGCCAGCUGGCAGAGCUUAGCCACUUACCAGAGUCAGAUAAGGAAGAUACGAUGCCAGAAUGUCAGUAUUCUGAUAGAGUAGCCAAGGAAAAUAUAAAUGCAACACCCAGCAAAACGAAGAGAAAUCACUCCCCUGUUCCUUCUGGAGCUCUUACUAAUGUUUCAACUCCUUCUUCUCCCAGGAGUGUAACAGGCAGCUCUAGUAAAGAGCUUAGCUCUUGUCAGUUAGCACACAGCACCAGCUUGAGGAGCAGCAGAGAAGGUCUCAACACCUGUGGAUUUGUGGAAGGCAAACCUCGGCCAAUGGGUUCACCCCGGCUUGGCAUUGCGAGCCUCUCAAAGACAUCUGAGUACAAGCCACCAACUUCUCCUUCCCAGAGGUGCAAGGUCUAUACACAGAAAGGAGUUCUGCCCAGCUCCACUCCCCCACCAGCUCCUCUGAGUAAGGAUACUGGUAUGACAUCUAGUGAAUCUUUAUUGCAGCCAGAAAUCCGGACCCCACCUGUAGGCAUGAGCCCUCAGAUCAUGAAGAAGUCAGUGUCCUCCAGCAACGGGGAUUUUGAAGAGACCAUUCUUGAUGAAGGUCAGCAACAAAGCAUUUCUCCAGAAUCCAAGAAGGAGAUUCUGAGCACCACCAUGGUGACUGUGCAGCAGCCGUUAGAGCUGAAUGGAGAGGAUGAGCUGGUGUUCACCCUUGUAGAAGAGCUAACCAUUAGCGGUGUCCUUGACAAUGGGCGCCCAACCAGUAUCAUCAGUUUUAAUAGUGACUGCUCUGUGCAAGCUUUGGCCUCUGGGUCUAGGCCAGUCAGUAUUAUCAGCAGCAUAUCUGAAGAUCUUGAAUGUUACUCCAGUGCAGCUCCUGUGUCUGAAGUCAGUAUCACACAGUUCCUUCCACUUCCAAAGUUGGGCCUGGAUGACAAACCCCAAGAUGAUGGCAGCAGGCGCUCAUCCAUCAGCUCAUGGUUGAGUGAAAUGAGCACAGGGAGCGAUGGUGAACAGUCGUGCCACAGCUUCAUAGCCCAGGCAUGCUAUGGGCAUGGGGAAGCAAUGGCAGAACCCCCUGUAUCUGAGUUUGCGAGCACCAUACAAAGUGCCAGCAUGAUUUGUUUAAGUGACAAACAGAAGCCAGUGACUGACGACAUGCUUAUACUGUCAGAAAUGGGGGAGGAAGCUUUUGGCAAAGUGCCACCCAUCAAAGGCUGUAAAAUAUCAGCUCUAGGGAAAACUACUGUCACAAUCAAAAAUACUGCAAGCCUCAGCAGCUGUGAAGGCUACAUCCCUAUGAAUACAAACAUUACUGUGUAUCCAUGUAUUGCUGUUAAUCCCUUCAAAGCACAAGACACUGAUGACGCUGUACCGGCAGUAACUGCAGACCCAAAGGUUGCGCAUCCCCAUGACAGGAGAGAAUGCAGUGCUAAGAAGGAUAUCAAAUUUGAAGAUCCUUGGCUGAAGAGAGAAGAAGAUGUAAAGAAGGACUACUCUGGGAGCAGCGAUGGGCCAAGGCCUGACAUGGCCACAGUCUCAGCCAAGGCUGAGCACAGCACAAAGCAGUCCCCAGUGGACAGGUUUAGCAGCAGCAGUGGGGACACCUCUAUCUCCCCAGGGUCUGACAGUCUAAAGAGGAUUGUGGAUGGGUGUGAAGUGGCAGCAUCUGGCUCAGCAACCCAAAGCCCUGUUCAUUCCAGUGAUGGCUUGAAGAAUGGUAGCCUCCCUCGAGGGCUCCCGAAGGCAAGCAAGCUGGAGGAGCCUGACAUUCACCUCCAUCCUACUACCACUGACAGCAGUGGAGGCGGCUCUCCUGCCCUCCCCCAGUUUUCUAAGGCUAGCCUGGACAGGAAAAUGGUCUCUCCCAAACACUGUGUUCUCACUCGUCCCAAAGGGACCCCUCCUCUGCCACCAGUCAGAAAGUCAAGCUUGGAUCAGAAGAACAGAGCCAGCCCGCAGCACAGUGCAGCCAGCAGCACCACAAGCAGUCCCUCCAGCCAGCCCGGGUCCUUCCUGGCUAGCUUCCCUGAGGAGCUGAAUGCCAAACAGAAAGGCCCUGGCAUCGACAGCAACUGCGGCAACAGCAGCAGCAAGCUCUUCAGUGCCAAAUUGGAGCAGCUCGCCAGCAGGACCAACUCCCUUGGGAGGUCCACGGGAAGCCACUAUGAGUGUUUGUCACUGGAAAGAGCAGAAAGCCUUUCUUCCAUGAGCUCCAAAAUGAGCCCUGGCAAAGACAGCACCAUGCCUCGCACCGGGAGGAGCCUCAGCCGUAGUGUCAUGUCCUCACCCACCAACUCAGGCCUCUGCCAGUGGGCAGGUGCCUCUCCAAAAGCCAGCCAGUCAAAGAUCUCUGCUGUCAGCAAGCUCCUGCUGGCAAGUCCUAAGGCCCGCAGCCUAUCCACCUCUGCAACCAAAACUCUCAGCUUCUCAACCAAGUCACUGCCUCAGUCCGUCGGGCAGAGCUCCAGUUUGCCUCCAAGUGGGAAGAACAUGUCCUGGUCAAUGCAGUCCCUCAGCAGAAACCGGGGCUCCAGCCUUGCUUCUAAAUUGCCCCUUCGGGCUGUCAAUGGGCGGAUUUCGGAGCUGCUCCAAGGGAGUGGCAGUGCCAGAGGCUUACAGCUGCGGGGAAGCCCAGAGACAGAUGAGCGUGGGGGCCUUCCUGGAGAUGAGAAGCCAGCUGUUCACAUGCUGCCUUCACCUUACAGCAAGAUCACCCCUCCUCGGAAACCUCACCGCUGCAGCAGUGGCCACGGGAGUGACAAUAGCAGCAUCCUGAGCGGGGAGCUGCCCCCUGCCAUGGGGAAAACAGCCCUCUUCUACCACAGUGGGGGGAGCAGUGGCUAUGAGAGCAUGAUGAGGGACAGUGAGGCGACGGGGAGUGGCUCUUCAGCACAAGACUCCAUGAGUGAGAACAGCAGCUUCAUGAGUGGCAGGUGCCGAAGUCUCAAAAAUCCAAAGAAACGAUCAAAUGCAGGUUCACAGAGACGGAGGCUUAUUCCAGCUUUAUCUCUUGAUACCACUUCCCCAGCAAGGAAGCCUGCCAACAGCCCUGGAGUCCGCUGGGUUGAUGGGCCCCUGCGAAGUGGGCAGAGAGGGCUGGGGGAGCCCUUUGAGAUCAAAGUCUAUGAGAUAGAUGAUGUGGAGAGACUGCAGCGACGACGAGGUGCGGACAGCAAGGAGCUGAUAUGUUUCAAUGCCAAGCUGAAAAUCCUGGAGCAUCGCCAGCAGAGAAUUGCUGAGGUCAAGGCUAAGUAUGAGUGGUUAAUGAGAGAACUGGAGGUGACCAAACAAUACCUGAUGCUGGAUCCUAAUAAAUGGCUCAGUGAAUUUGAUCUGGAGCAAGUAUUUGAGCUGGAUUCUCUGGAAUACCUGGAGGCCCUGGAAUGUGUGACUGAGCGUUUGGAAAACCGUGUCAACUUCUGCAAGGCCCAUCUCAUGAUGAUCACCUGUUUUGACAUCACUUCUAGACGCCGAUAAAGUAUGAACCUCAAGAGAAUUUCAAGAGCAUCUCUGCCAUCCUCCUUUUCCCAUCUGAAUAGCAUCCCAAAGACAACAGAAUGAGGAUGAAAGUUGGAGUCAAGUCUCAACUGUGUGUAUGAGAGAUUUGCUAUACUAUACAGAAGAGUAGUAUGAAAAAAACCCAGGAUGAGCAUGGACAAAUGGCGAUAAAAGGUUGUUGAUUCUCUUAGCCUAAAAGAGCACUUUGAGGAACCUUUAAGGACAUGUCUGUAAAUAAGAACUGCUGACAGAAGACGCUUCUUUCCCUGCGCUAGCUGAGGGAGGAGGAGAGGUGGUUCACUGAGAGGACUUCACUGAGAGGUUCAUUAAAAGAAAACCUAUCCAGAAAAACUGUUUAAGUGCCUUGCAAAUCUUUAUUAUCCAAACAUUUAUGUUAAUACUUUAUUGUGUACAGAUGGUGCUAGUCAAGAAAAGAAAAAGGAAAAAAAACAAACACACUUUUGAAAUGUAUUUACAGCUUGUUUUUCUCUUGGUGUUUUCUCCUAUUUCAGACUUGCUGUUUCUAAGUAACUUGUGUUUGUAGAGAUAUUUCCUAAUCAGUACAACAUAUGAAUAAAUGUUAACUGUCUUUUCUUGUUACCAGAGUAAGGCCACUCAAAGAGAAAUGCGGCUUUCCCAGACGACACAAAAAAUAUUUCUAGCAGUGAGUAAGGUUUGCUUAUAUGUUCUUCUGUUAUCUUACAUGCUGGAGGACACAGUAAUUUUCCCAGCCUGUAGAUUCUGCAGUGUAUGAGAGAGGAGAGGUGACAUUACUGUGAAGUAAAUAUCUUUUCCAUUUGAUUCAACUCCCAUCAAUUGGGGUUUUUUUUUCCAUGUAUUUUUAGCUUCAUACUGGCUAGAGUUAUGGAUGAGGAGGCACUUUUUUCCUAACCUAUUUUCUGGUGCUAAAACUUGCUGAAAAUUACUCUUUAGGCUGAGGGCUCCCAUGCUUAUCAGUCCGAAAAUGAGUGAUUUAUGCUGUCUUUCUUUCUUGAGACUAUGACUGAUAAAAUUUAGCUUUGGUUCUUUUUGACAUACACCACUGCAAAACAUGUUUUGGCAACUUUUGGUCCCUAGCCAGUCUGUCAAUAGUCACAGACGUACCUGAGAAGUGCAGGCUCUGCUUGGCUCAGCACAUCUGGAACUAAGUGAGAGUCGUGAGUGAGGGGAUACAGCACUUCAGGCAUGUUGGCUAUGGCAUUUCAUUAUGAGCCCUCCAGUACUGAAGCCAUGGCAAAGUUCACAUUGACAUCAAAAGGACAAGGGUCUGCACCUCAAUGCAUAUCCAAAUGUUCUACUUGUUUGCCUUUUUAUUUACAAAACAGUAUGUGAGAAGGAACGUCCUUUGUGUUUCUUAAUGUGUGAAAUCUGCAUUGUAAUUAUGUAUGAGCAUAAGAAAUUAUUUUGUUGAAUUAGGUUUCUUCUUCCACAUUGAAAUAAGCUUUUUCACAAAAAUUCCUCUCUCACAUACAGUUGUGCUACCUUCUUAUUGCUUAUGAGAAAAUAAGAGCACCAUUUAACAUAUACUCAACAUGCACCACUUUACUGCUGUACUUGAAUGCAACUCUUCUUUUACAUGCACCAUCUUAUUAAUGCUAUCUUACAAUAGCCCAAGCAGCAAGUCCCAGUGGGAAAAUCACCCCACAAGAGUACUGAUAGAUUUUCUAGUGUCUAGCUGAACCCUGCCCCACCUUUACAAAAAAAAAAAAAAAAAAAAAAAAUAGAAAUAACAUUUAUAUAAUUUUAUUUUUCUUUUAAUACUCUACAACUUGUAAAAACAAAUCUUUCUCAUUCUGUUAGCUUUUUCACUGGAUUUUGAAGAAGAUCCUUCUUAACAUUCGAUAGGAUUAUUUGGAGGGAAAAAAGGUUCUGUAUGACAAUUGCUUUCUAGUCCGUUCCACAGCAUUUUCCUAUCAUGAAACUUAUAUUCCAAGUAAGAAUUAAAGAUAUAGGUCUGAUCUCUCUCCCCUUCUCUCUCAAGGCAAAAAAACUUCUGAAGAAAAACACCAAACACCACAAUUUAUCUACCUUUGUUUCUCUUUGUAAUAAUUUCAUAGCACUUGUUACGUAUUGGUUCUAUUGAGGGCAUCUCUUCUCCACAGAGCCCCAUGAAUCCAGUACAGCUCCACAGAGCCAUGGGAAUUACCCCUACAGUGUUGUGCUGGAUGAAGACUUAGUGCCUUUGGGAUAUGGAGUGCGUCUCUGUGGGCUUAGUCCCGCGGAGCCCCAGGUACACGCUGUCAGGUCACAUACGCACAGAAGAGAGACUUUCACAGCCAGCUCCCAUCUCACUCACCUGUGUCCCCAGGUAGGCCUGUACUGCUCUCACUUGUGACACUGACAUUGCACAAAGCCUGUCUCCAAGGCCAUGCCUCCACAUUCAAGGAACAAUAUCCCCACCUACCCCCAAGUUGUGCACAUUAAAUUAAAUGUUGCCUUCUUUAAGCUUAAGCAUUUCUGAAAAUGUUUUCUGGAAGGUGGUCAUUGGGUAAUUGGGGCACAUUGUCUUUCCUCUGCUAAAAACAAGCAGCCCAAAAUGGGCAUGGUGGGCUCUCCGGGGACCUGCGGUAAGAUGGUGAGUGGCAAGCAGUACAGUAAAAGUAAACAUACACUUAAUAGAAAGAAAGUAAAAUCCUAGCAAAUGGUGCAUGCACAGAAUACACUAUUAAAAAGAGAUGCCCUCUCACACAGUCUGGGAUUUAUACAGAAGUUGUGAUAUUUCUAUAAAUCAAGUGGACAUAUUUCAGAGCUAUUGUAAAAUAUCUAUUAUGUGUAAUAUUCCUCAGCAUCAUUAACUCAAUUAUUCAUUGUCUCUAGAUUUGGUACCUCUGUAGAUUAGAAAGCAUAGCAAAAAGCGCCUCUAUCUACCUAUUAUUUUAAACAGUAAGAGCAUAUGUUUGUCCUAUUCAUCAUGAUGAACCAAAAUUGAUUCCUGAAAACAAGUGGAUUUUGCCAAGAAUGAAUUCAGCAUGCUGAAAAUUAUGAAGUAACUGAGCAGAAUCACAGUCCUUACAAAUAUUUUAUUUCCGAGGUCUUAAUUAGAGUAGCCAUUAACACUCCCAUUAUAUACUAGUAUUCAUAUCCUAAAAUCCAGGCUCGUCUUCUCUUUUUUGACUUUCUGUCAAUGCAUUUCAGAAUUUGCCACUAUGUUUUUACAAAUUGUGGUGGCUUAAUGCAUAAAAGGGAAUGAAAAUUUGUGGAGAUUUGACAUUUAUGAAAUAUUUUCUUGUUGAAAACAGAUUUUAACUUCAGAAUUUAUAUUAUUAUAUUUCAGAUAUCCAAAACAGAUAAUUAAAAGCAUCAGGACCUUAUUAUGAAAUUGAUCUUAGUCUACAGUAGCCAGCAUUUACAGAAGACCCACACACUUCUGCAAGUCAUCCAGGAAGCCUCAUUCUUUAAGCAACUGCCAGCGUUGUUAUGUUGUCUUCAUUGCAGAUUUGUUAAAAGGUCAUCAAGUUGCCCAAAAUACACAAGAGAAGUGUGAAUGUAAUGCUUAAUCGUUUGCAUAUUCAGAAAUCAAUCCUGUCUCCUUGGGACAGCUUUAGUAGCAAACAGCAAUGUUAGCAUAAUCAGGUUUGAAGGUUAAUUCUUUGCUCACUCGUGUAGCAGGAGAUUACAGUUCCUUAUUGUUGGGCUGUGUAAUGAAUACCACCACUGCUCUGCUCUGCAUCUCCACUGCUGUGUUCAUGGGCAGCUGGGGGUAGUUUGGGCCUCGUUUGGAGAACUGCUUGUCUUGGCAUACGUGAACCUUAUCUAUACAAGGAACAGAAGUUGUUUGUUUUAUAGCUACACAGCCUGAGGGAAACGGUCCCCUCACACAUUAUUGUGGGGAGAUGGCAUAGCUGUUCACAAAUGGCAACAACAUCACUCCCCCUUCCUCCUGCAAGGAGAACCUAUAAAACCUUUCUCCUUGCACUCAACAAGGUGACCUAUACCACGCUAUAGGGAAAACAUACACUUGAAACACUUUCGAAGGCUUCUUUUACAUGUCCUUUUUUCCCCCAUGUUCUUCAGCCUACAAAGCCGAAUGGCUGCAGUUCCCGUGUAGAGUUUGUCAUUGAAACGUUAAAGCCUGUAAAAGUAAACCAAAUGAACUGCUCUAUAUUUCAGGGCGUCAGGAAUUUAAGGCAAGAUAUUUUACAACCCAGGCUGUUAAGUACCAUAAUUUCUGCAUAUACGUGAGGCAUACAGCAUAGUUACAUCAGUUGAAAGCCUGUACGCCUAGCUGUCUAUGAGAUAAAGCUUUCUGUCUAGUCCUAACAGCUUUAAAAUUGUAAAAAUUCUGCAUUGCAGAAGCAAAUAUGAUUCUCAUAAACCAGAGGCUGAGUGACCCUCUGAAGCCAGUUCAUAUGGGAGGGAUGGUUGUGCAGCAUCAGGGAUGCACCAGCUCACUGCAGAGAUCAAAGCAUUCGUAUCACUAGAUACUGAUAGAUGACCAUACAGAGAGGCACCAUUUCUCAAAUCCACUGAUGGGUGACAUACCUUUCUUAAUCCUGAUGUCCUCAUGGUCUUUGUUUUGUUACUCCAUAGGCUUUUGCAUCAGAGACACCCAGCAGGUUUUGGAGACACAAGGCUGGCUGUUGCAAGCUGUCACAAGAUUUGAAACAGGUUUCCAAAUAACUAUGGCAAACAAAACUGUGAAUGAUUUGUCAGUGCAAAGUUAAUAAUCUCUAUCUCUUGCAUUUAUUGUGUGCUCAUCCCAGGGUUAUCUAAGCUUCCAUACCUACUCUUGGAAAUAAUAAACCAUUUUAUUAUUGUCUUUAUCUUUUCUUCUUUCUCCUCUUCAAGCAAGCUUUAAAAAAAAAAAAAAAAAAAAAAAAUCAGUUUCUCUUGAAAAUGUAGCAUGCUUAUCCUAACCCCAUUGAAAUUAAUAUGGAUUUUGCCACUAGCUUCACAGACAGCAGGCUUGUGCUUAUUUAUGCAGCAUUCUGAAGCUCACAAAGAACGUGAUGAUUCUGCAAAGAAUGCAAGUGCUGAAAGUGAAAUAGUAACGUUCAUCUAUAUUUCAAACCACCUUCAAAACCCUCCUGGAUAUGAAAUACAACCCAAACCAUCUUUCUUUGAGUGGUCCUACUUAAGUAUUGAGCAAACUUUAUAAUAAUGGUAAUAAAUUGGUGCUUGAGGCAGUUUCAGCUAUAUUACAUAUUCUCAAUAUACUAUAGAUAUGGAUGUAUUCACCCUCUAUAUUGUAUAUGUAUGUGUGUAUUUACAUAUAGCACUCAUACAUAUAUGUUUUAUGUAUGCAUAGAUACUAACAACUUUUCUAAGUUUUACUUCUUUCCCUCCCAUAGCUGAAACUGCUGGUUACUAACAAACAUCCACAUCAUAUUCUAUGUAUGAAGGAUAUAAUUUAUUUGUAAACUCAGGAUGUUCUUGUUUUAUAGAGUUGCUUGUAUUUUAUAAUUUAUUUACACAUCAUGGUUGGAAAUGCUUAUCUAAGUGCUAUGCAUCGAAGUGUAUGUUUGCUAAAUCCAUUUCAUUCUGUCUGUGGCUACAUUCUUUCUCAUUAUGACAGUGGUAUAAAAUAGGGCUAAGGAGGAGACAAACUGAUGGAUAUAGAACUUAUGCCGGUACCACCAGUAAUUCUGGAAGAGGAUGUAUCAGUAGUAGAUGAUAUAUAUAUAUUUUAUCAACUAAAUAUUAUGGGGAGUUGGGGGCUGGGAGAGAAAAAGAAAGAACAACAUUAGGACAAGUUCAAAAUGUGGAAAGUCACAGCCAUUUCCAAGUUGGUCAACAAAUGCAUUGAGCCUUUUGCCAUUAAAAUUGUAAAGUUUAUUGUUUGCUGGCUAAAAAAUAUCCUUUUUGUGGUAUAUCUGAGGUGUGAAACAUUGUUAAAAAUAUGAUGUCUGGAAAAAAAAUCAAACUAUAGUGGCAUUAAAUGUUUACUUUUAUCUUACCAA